GGGCGGCGCAGGUUAUCAAUGCGAUAACUGCGAAGUACACCCAACAUGACGAGGCCAUUUUCUGCUCAGAAGAGAACGAAGACCGCGACCGUGGUGGGUGUUCGAAAUUAAGCUCCGUGGCACGCGCCCUGCCCGCUGUCUGCCGUCGACGAGCGAGACAAGAACACGCAGACGAUGACGUCCGGAUGUUCGACCCCAUCGAAUACCGACCGUCAGAACAUCAAGCUGAAGAGCUACGCGGACCUGCUGGGACAGUGCAGACUGUCCUGUAGCAGCAGCGGGGGAGGAAGCAGCAGCAGCAGCAGCAGCAGUAGUAGCAGCAGCGGCGACGACAGUAGUUCGCAGGAUUCAGAUUCGGAGACGCUGGAUGUCGUCGGUAGAGAGGGGGAUCCCCAGCAGGCGAGCCUGGUCAGCACCACGACCCUAGGGAGUGGGGACGGUGUCGACGACGCGGUGUCGGCUGGCCGGUCGGAGGGCAACAACUAUUCGUCUUCGGAGGCCGACGAUUCCGAGAAUGAGACCAGGACGGCCCACGUCACCAGGUCCGCCGUGAUGGUUCCGCAGGUGACGCUGGCCAACAAGGGGGAGUUCUUGUCCAAUAUGGAGGUGCAGAUCAGUCCGCAAGGGAGGUUGAUGCAACCCGUGCCGACAGUGAGGUUUGCAAACCUCCUCGACGACCUGCAGUACGCCGUCUGGAUCAGCUUCGUUCAAGAGUGCGGUCAAAUCGCCGGCAACUACAUGCAUCCCGAUGCACCCCUGCCCGGGUCGCACUGGAACCAGAGGCUGGUUUCGUUCUCGCGCCUCAAGCUCUUCACCUUCGACGGCUUCAACAGGACGCCCGUCUCUCUGGUCUGUAACAAGAGAUACUUCCUCCAGAUCAACUUCGGCAUCGUGAAUGAAGCAGGCCACAUUUGGGCAAGCACCGUCAUCCGCCAGGGAAUCGUUGGAACGUGGUUUGUGGCAGUCAACUACAACAAGGCGUCGACAUCCAUGUCUUUGUCAAGCAAAAAGCCCAGCAAGCGGCCGAAGCUUGAAUGAAUGAUGCCGGUGGAGUUUCGUGUAUUAUACUGUGAAUAAAGCUAUUGCGUCCAAUUCUCAGACAC